AUGUCGAAAAAAUCCUCCAGAACGACCGAGAUCAGGGUGGCCGCAUGCUCAGAGGAACCAUCCGUGGUUGUCGGCUCGUUUUUUAACGGCAUGCUGGUGCCAGAAAAGAGCAACUUUGAUUUGUUCCAGCACAAGCACAAGAAAGACUCAUACUUUUUGCACGGAGAGAACAGUACCUUGGAGUAUAACGGAUAUACGGGCGAAGACGAAAACAACGACUACAUUGUUGCCCUCUACGAUCCUGCUCACAAGUCUGUAGAGCUCUACAAGGCCCCUAUGGUUUAUGGAAAAGUCACUUCUAUCGACAGCAGAGUCCAUAAGGGUCCCAAGGUCAAAUCCCGUGGCCUCCACAACUUUGUGCAAAGAACUGCAUUGGGAGAAGCCUUCGGUACCAAAAAAGCCAAGGCUGCUAUCGUCAACUUGGAGAAGAACAGAAUCGACGCAGACAAGUUGCAGGACAUGGAAUUGGACAUUGUCGACAAUGUCAAGGAGCUCACCCUGGAUUUGCCUACUCGCCAGCAGUUGCAGGACGCUGGAUCUGUGGACAGACCGGUGCCACCAGUCAACGAAAACGCUACCAACGUGGAGGAUGUCUACGCCUUGCACAGCAUAAUACCAAAGAAGGAAUGGGCCAGCAUCCGCAUCAACUCCAUUUUCGACGAGGAGACCGAGGAGAAGCGCUUGGAAAUGUUGCCAUACUCCAAGUCUGCAUUUGUGGCUAAGAAUUUGGCCAAGUUCGUGCCUCUCCACAACGAGUCGAAGGUGCAGAUGUUGUUCUAUGCCUCUCUCCUCUUUGGAGUUUAUGCUAACCGUAGAGUCAGAAACAAGAACGCCCUCAUGGAGAGAUUGGGAAACAAGCCUUCGGAAGUUCUUGUGGACGGAAUUUUGGAGCGCUUUGCCGUGUCCAGAACCUCGGACUUUGGCAAGACCAAGGACCGCUCUUUCAUCAUAGACCCAUACCAUGAGGACAAGUUGCUCUGCUACUUGCUUGCCCUUCUUUUCCACAUCGAGGGCUUUACACUUGAGUUACUCCCAUUGGCCAAUGAAUUGAACAUGAAGCCAACCAGACUCGUGACUUUGCUCCGUACCAUGGGUGCCAUCAUCAAGCCUAUUGGAGUGGGUAUGGCCGAGGCCAUUGGACUCUCCAAGAAGGAGGCUGCUACUUACAAGGUGGCGGUUUUGAAGGUUCCCUUCAAGUUGCCUGAGAUGGUGAGACGCGGCGCCAGACGUUAG